AUGGUCUACUAUUUCACCUCGACGGCCGUUGAGCCUGCCGCCUUCAUAUAUGUUGGCAAGGACAAAGUAGAAAAUGAGGAUCUGAUCAAGUUUGGCUGGGAAGAAGACUUUCACGUGGACAACUUGUCCAGUGCGCAUGUCUAUCUUCGGCUCAAGGCUGGCGACUCUUGGACGUCAAUACCUCAGGAGCUGCUGGAAGAUUGUGCCCAGUUGACCAAAGCCAACUCGAUUGAAGGCAACAAGAAGGACAACGUCACGGUCAUUUACACGCCAUGGUCCAAUUUGCGGAAAGACGCAUCAAUGGCGACCGGGCAGGUGUCGUUCCACGAUCCGAAAAUGGUCAAAAAGGUCCACGUCCCAGUCCGCCAAAACGCCGUAGUCAACCGGCUGAACAAGACCCGAGUCGAAAAGUUUCCCGAUCUGCGAGCUGAGAAGGACACGGACCAGAGAGAGAAGCGCAAAGUUGAGAGGAUCGCUCGGGAGCAGCAAAAGGCCCGAGAUCGUGAAGAGCGGAAGCAGCGUGAAGAGUUGCGGUGGCAGAAGGACCAUGCUUACGACGAUAUGAUGAGGGAGGAAAACAUGGUGAGCAACGAGGAUAGAGAUGCGGGUUUCUAUGAGGACGAUUUCAUGUAA